CAUAGCAACCAAAGUGCGAGACAGUGAAGACAAUUGCGGAUUUAUGGGUAAAAUUCAGUUAAGAAACUUCGAAAUACUCUUGGAUUCAAACAAACGGACGUUUGAAUUGGGAGAGAAUGUGAUGGGAAAGUGUGUAAUCGCUUUGGAAGGCGAGUUGCAGUUGUCGAUGAUUCGGAUGCAAUUGAUAGGAUUGGCUGAAGUGAAGUGGACUGAGAAUAAGGGAUCUGGAAAUCACAGACGAAAUCGCACGUUCUAUGAGUCCAUUCCGUAUCUGCAAAUGGAUUACGACUUUGUCAGGAAUACAUUCAAUGGAAUGAUAACCAAAGGCAUCCAUGAGUUCCCGUUCUGCUAUGAAUUGCCCAAAGAAGGAAUUCCUUCAACGUUUGAUGGAUAUCACGGGUCUGUCAAGUAUUGGAUCGAAGCAGAGAUAGAGAAGCCUUUGUUCUCUUUCAACCACAAAACCAAGACUGAGUUUGAAGUGGAGGCGCCUCUUGUUUGCGACAAUUUAAUGUUACCGCUGGGUGUGAGCAGCGAAAAGAAGAUUGGGUUCUUAUGGCAGAAAUCAGGUGUCAUUAAUGUUGAUGUCAAUAUUGACAGACAUGGAUAUUAUCCGGGCGAGUUAAUAUCCGUGAACUGCAACAUCGCCAACAAGUCAGCGGCGAGAAUCAGUCCGAGAGCUACUCUCAAACAAACGCAAACAUUCACUGCGAAGGGAAAGCACAAAAUCAAGGAAACCAAAUACGUCAGAGUGGAGGCUCUGCCGGUAGAGCCCGGACUGACCAACGUCGAGACUCUUCAGGUUCCCAUUCCGGCCAACAUUCAAUUAUCGACCGACUGUCCCAUCAUUUCAGUCACUUAUGACUUGCAUUUGACGGCAGAAAUCCCUUCGGCACUCAAUCUGCACGUCGAUCUGCCCGUCAUUAUCACCAAACAGAAUGUCAUGAACUCAUCCAAAGCCUACUCCUCUGAACCCGCGAACCGAGACCUGCUCUACGUCCAGAUCUGA